GGAUGCGGUGGGGUUGUUUACGGCCCCGGGCGGCAGCCGCAGAGCGCUCGCUGCGGAUGUGAUCUUGCAGCACCCUUCCUGCGGCUGCAGCUCCUGCCUGCUGCUGCGCCGGUGCCUGCGGUCAGGGCGGGUUCCUUCCGAGCUGCUGCACCCCUGGGUGCCCAGGGAACGCCCGUGGCCCCGUGCCCCAGCUGCCGCGGUGCCCCACAGCUGCUCCAUGGGGGGCCAGGAGACGCGCCUGGGCACAAGGGCCCUGCAAACGCCUCGAGCCAAGCCCUCGCGCUCCCACUCUUCUUCCUCACCACAUGCGAAGGCUGCUUCCCAUGUUGGGGUCCUCCUACGGGGUCACCUCUUUUGGGGGGGGCUGUGUCUUGCCCCCGUUCGGCCAUGCCCAUGCUGUGCCAAGGUUGCUGCCACCCCCGGGGCCGCCUUUGCCUCCACUUCUGCUUUCGGGGCAGCGUCAGCCCCGGCACACAGACCUGGAGGAGCAGGACAGGGGCACCCAGGGGACCCCCCCCCCCACCGUCACCUCAGGGGGGAUAGGAGUUAGGGGUGCACCCCGACGGGUGCAUGAAGCCCCCAGCCCUCAGCUGCCCCCGCUGGCAGCGUGACAUCCUUCCCCCGCAGGGCUCUCUGAAACCGCAGCCGUGUUUCCUGCCCGCCCCGGCGGGGAGGUGCAGGCGGGGCGCAGCCCGCGACGCCCCUUCGGUUUCGCCCGGUACCGGGGCUGCCGGGCCCUCGGCGGUGACGGCCACCGGUGCUGCAGCUCGGGGUCCCACAGCGUGCCCUGGCAGAGGUCCCAUGGCGCCGGGCUGGGCCGUGCUGGUGGUGCUGGUGCUGAGCACCCUGCGGGCAUGCGGGGCCCGGCCCCCGGAGCAGAAGGGUCUGCAGUGGGUCUGGGGGGCGGUAGAGCAGGCUCCAGCCGAGCCCCUGCUGCCCUCCCGCAGGCGAAGGGCCGACAACGGGCAGCCCCCCCCCGGCACCGCCGCAAUGCUGGGGCACGGCCACGCCACCACCGCGAUGCCCGACAGCAACGAGACCGAAUCCCUCGAGCCCGACUUGCUGCUGGGCUCCACGCUGCCACCGGGGCUCAGCACCAACAGCAGCCUGCCCCAGGAGCUCACCACACUGCACACGGACCUGGGUGAGACCGAUUCCCCCAAGCCCGACUCGCUGCUGCCGGGCACGGAGCCGCCGCUGGAAGCGGGCACCAACGCCAGCCUGCACCGGGAGAUGGUGCUGACCACCGCGGAUCCGCAGGAUGAGACCGACUCCCCCGAGCCCGACUUGCUGCUGAGCUCUGCGCCCAGCACAGAGGCAGCACCCCAAAAUAACAGCACCGCCAUCCCCGGCUGGCCCAUGUCAUCCGCGGGGCCUGGCACGGAGGGGACCGUGGCUGGUGGCACUGAUGACAUCUCCUCCACGGGGACCACGGCCAGCAGCAUGGAUGACAUCCCUACAGGGAGCAUGGCUGGUGGCAUGGAUGACAUCUCCUCCACGGAGCCACACUCAGCUCUCCCCACCACCACUGCUCCCACCAACAUCAUUUACAAAAAGGCCGGGGACCCCCCGGUGCUGAAUCACCCGGGAGAGGCGACCACGGCUCCUUCGGACUCAAAACCCGGAGGGAACACGGUGGAGGAGGCCCCCGCCAUCCCCUGGGACGACAGCGCGCUGAUGAACAAGUGCCUGCUGGCCAUCCUGCUGCUGGCGCUGGUGGCCGCCGCCUUCAUGGUGUGCACGGGGGUGCUGGCCGCCCUGCUCUGCCGGCGGGCGCGCACGGCUCGCCACCAGCUCACCCCCACCGAAAUGGUUUGCAUCUCCUCCCUGCUGCCCGACGGUGAGCCCGCUGCCGCCAACGGCCCCCGGCUGGGCCCCCACCGGCACCGCAAGCUGCUGGCCGAUGGCAGUUCCGAAGCCGAUGGCGACAACCUGACGCUCAGCAGCUUCCUGCCGGAGCACUCCUGAGCCGUGGGCUUCGUGACCCCACACAGCAGAACCACCUGGAACGGACUCAGCCACCCCAUUAAAGUGCCUCUCCUACCCGGA